UCAAAUUUUCGAUUUCAAAAACGGCUAAAUUCACAAAAGUUGUUAAAUUCAAUAUAUAUUGAAUGAUGAAUAAUAUGAACGGAAUGGAAUAAAGAGAUGUGUGCUCAAGCAUGCAUCAAGUCUGUGUGUCUGUGUCUGUGUGUGUGUGUUGUGUGCAGGCAGUCAAACAGGCAAGCAGCACAGGCCAAAUAAUAUAAACAAAACGAAGACGACGACAACAAUAACAAUAAAAUAAAAAAAAAACAGCAAUCAAUGAAUAAAGGCGCCCGUGUAAAUUCCGCCAAAUUCUCCCCUCGUGUUUCAUCAUUAUUAUCGCUGUUCAAUUAAUCAAAACAGAUCUCGUCAAUCAUUCGAUUGUCAUUAAUCCAGAAAUUUCGAUUGUCAUUGGCGAUUGUAUUUCUAUUUCGAUGAUCAAUUCGAAAAUAAAUUAUCGUAUCAAAAUAUUAAGAUUUUUGAUUUCUUUCUCUUUGGGCUUGCGGCCAUUCGUUUAGGCCAAUUUUUUUCUUUGAAUUUGAAAUUCGAAAAUCGCUUUUUAUAUUUGUGUGUGUGUAUCAUUUGAGUUUCCUUCAAAUCAUCAAAAUAUCUUCAAUUCUAACAUCAUGUGUGACGAACAAGAAUUGGUCCAAUUGGAAACAUUAUGUAAAAAAUUAUAUGAAUCAAGCGACUCUGAUGAACGUAAACAAGCCGAAUCGGCAUUGUUAAUGUUUUCGAAUUCGUUGGAUUGUCUACCAAAAUGUCAGCUAUUAUUAGAACGUCGUGAUUCGGCAUUCGCACAAUUAUUAGCGGCAACCACAUUGACUAAAUUGAUUACACGUAAUCCGACCGGUCUUUCCGUUGAUCAACGUUUGGAUAUACGUAAUUAUAUUCUAAAUUAUCUGGCAUCAAAUCCAAAAUUAGCACCAUUCGUUUUGCAAGCAUUGGUCACAUUAUUUGCUCGUAUAACAAAAGUAGGAUGGGUUGAUAUGAAAAAUGAUCAAUUUGUUUUCCGUGAUAUCAUACCGCACAUCAGUCAUUUUGUUGGUGGGACGGUAGAGUAUUGUAAUAUUGGUGUACAAUUAAUUUCCACACUUGUUAUUGAAAUGAAUCAACCGAACGCACAUGAAGCAAAUCGUUCUAUAUUCCGUCAUCGAAAAAUAGCAUCAUCAUUUCGUGAUAAGAAUUUAUAUGAAUUUUUUCAACUAGCACAAGGAUUGUUAAAAAGUGCUCUUGAAGAAUUGAAAAAGAAUAAAAUAUUGUAUGAUGAUGAACAAACAUUGAUUAGUAAUCUACUCAAAUUGAUAAUCAAUUGCCUUUCAUUUGAUUUUAUCGGUGCCUCGUCCGAUGAUUCAUCCGACGAUCUAACCUGUGUACAAAUUCCUACUAAUUGGCGACCGGCAUUUCUUGACAUGAAUAAUCUCAAAAUUUACUUUGAUCUAUUUCAUCUGUUACCGGCCAAUAUAUCAUCACUGUCACUUUCAUGUUUAGUACAAUUAGCAUCGGUUCGUCGAUCAUUGUUCACAAAUACUGAACGGGUAAAUUUCCUAAACAAUUUGAUCUCUGGCAUAAGAAUUAUAUUGGAAAAUCCAACAAAACUUUCCGAACCAAGUGCUUAUCAUGAAUUUUGUCGGCUACUAGCAAGAUUAAAAAUUAAUUAUCAAUUAGGUGAAUUAGUCAAGGCAGAUGAUUAUGCUAAAACGUUGGAAUUGAUUGCAAAUUUUACGAUCACCAGUCUAAGGAUGUGGAGUGUUGCAUCCAAUUCGAUUCAUUAUCUAUUAACCUUAUGGCAAAAACUAGUUACAUCUGUACCAUAUGUAAAAGCAACUGAACCACAUCUAUUAGAACGUUUCGCACCAGAAGUAACACGAGCUUAUAUAACAUCAAGACUAGAAAUGGUGAAUGAAGUUGUUAUGAACGGUUUAGAAGAUCCAUUUGAUGAGAUUGGAAUGGUACAACAGCAAUUAGAACAAUUAUCAACUAUAGCACGUUGUGAAUAUGAAAAUACUUGUUCAAUAUUGGUUAAUCUGUUUGAUCAAGCUGCAAAAACAUAUCAGGAUUUGAUGCAAACAAUGCCACAAUCCUGUGCUGAAGUUGAGAUACAGGAGAAUCGUCUCACUUGGCUUGUUUAUAUUAUCGGCGCGGCUAUCGGAGGCCGAGUAUUUCUCAAUAGUAAUGACGAACAAGAUCAUAUGGACGGUGAACUAGCAUUUCGUGUUUUACAAUUGAUGAAUUUCACCGACAUACGUCUAGCCCGUGGUGGAUUCUGUAAAAAGCUUGAUCUGGCCAUUCUCAGUUUUUUUGAACAAUUCCGUAAGACUUAUAUUGGUGAUCAAGUGCAAAAGACAUCUACUGUCUAUAAACGUCUAUCCGAUGUUCUCGGUCUAAGUGAAGAGACAAUGGUUUUAAGUGUUUUCAUACGUAAAAUAAUAACCAAUCUAAAAUAUUGGGGAAACGAUGAAGAUAUUGUUACGAAAACAUUACAGAUUCUUAACGAUCUAUCCAUCGGUUAUUCAAGUGUUCGAAAAUUGGUCCAAUUGGAAGAAAUUCAAUUCAUAUUGAAUAAUCAUACUGCCGAACAUUUUCCAUUUUUAAGCAAUUCUUUUGAUAUAAAAUAUAUGAAGUGCCGUACAAUAUUCUAUACAUCAUUAGGUCGAUUAUUCAUGAUCGAUUCGGGUGAAGAUGAGGAUAAGUUUGAAAAAUUUAUGCAACCAAUCACUUCCUCAUUGGAUACGUUGAAAAAUAUGCUCAAUAAUAAAUCAAUGUUUAAUGAAGAAGAAACAAAAAAAGCCUUGAUUGGAAUAUCUCGUGAUCUACGUGGCCUAGUAUAUUCAUUUAUUUCCAGAUCAAAUAUAAUGAUAUUUUUCAAUUGGAUAUAUCCAACAUAUACACCGGUUUUCCAUGCAGCUAUCGAUCUUUGGUUCAAUGAUCCACAGGUGACAACACCGGUAUUGAAAUUAUAUGCUGAAUUUGUACAUAAUCGAUCACAACGUCUUCAAUUCGAUAUAUCAUCGCCAAACGGUAUUCUAUUAUUUCGUGAUGCAAGUAAAUUGUUGGUCAAUUAUGGAACGAAAAUCCUCAUGAUUCGUGAUAUACCGAGUGAUCGUCUUUAUGCUAUGAAAUUGAAAGGCAUUUCAAUUUGUUUUUCCAUAUUGAAAUUAGCAUUGAGUGGAUCAUAUGUAAAUUUUGGUGUAUUCGAAUUAUAUGGUGAUACAGCAUUGAAAGAUGCUCUCAGUACGUUCAUCAAAUUGAUUCUUUCUAUUUCAAUUACUGAUAUAUUGGAAUAUCCAAAACUCAGCCAAUCAUACUAUGUACUACUUGAAUGUAUUGCUCAAGAUCAUAUGAAAUUCCUAGCUAAUCUCGAACCUACUGUUUUCCUUUAUAUCAUAUCAUCCAUAUCGGAAGGCCUAAAUUCAUUGGAUAAUGUAUGCACAUCUUGUUGUUCGGCAUUGGAUCAUAUCGUAUCAUACAUUUUCAAAGAGAUAUCCAAACAGAAUAAGAAAAAAUCCUAUGAAGUUAAUUGUUUAAUGGAAUUGAAACCAGAAAUCUUUCAACAAAUGUUAUCGACAAUAAUGAAUAUAAUCAUGUUUGAAGAUUGCCGUAAUCAAUGGUCAAUGUCAAGACCACUACUUGGCCUAAUCUUAUUGAAUGAAGAUUAUUUCAAUGAACUACGUAGAAAUAUCAUUUCACAACAACCGAUUGAAAAACAAACAACAAUGAAUCGAUUGUUUGAUUACCUUAUGAGAGAUAUUGAACGAAAUUUAUUGGCCAAAAAUCGUGAUCGAUUUACACAGAAUGUAUCAACAUUUCGUCGUGAAUUGAGUGAUUUUCAAAAAGGAAGCGUUCCAUGUAACAACGAUAUGAUGAACAUGAUGAACUGAUUGG